AUGGAUUCAGACUCCGAGGACGCGUACGGGGGGUACUCGAGCAGUUCGAGCGAGGACGUCGUCAAGCGGAUGAAACGUUUGCGAACUCGACCGCUGGGAACGUGCGAGAGGAUCGCGUUGACGGAUGACGAUAAACCACACGUGGGGAGCAUCAGAGCGUUUCGCGCCAGCGCGGAUGGGAAGUGGUUCAUCACCGCUGGGGACGAUAAGUUGGUCAAACUGUGGAGCGUGGACGGUUGGCGAUGCGCGCGCACGAUUUGUGGCUCCAAGAAAAUUUCGUCCGCGUGCUUCACGCCAGAUUCCAAGCAUUUCAUAUUCGCAGACAAGUUCGGCGAGGUACACGCGUGUGAGAUAGGUUCAGAUAAAGAGCCCGUGUUGAUGUUGGGACAUUGUUCGACAAUCAUCACCGACGUCGAGUGCGUCGAGGGCGGAGACCGCGGGUACUUGCUCACGGCGGAUCGAGAACACAAGACGCGCGUCAGCGUGCUUCCAAAGCCUGAAGACCGCACUCGCUUCAGCGGUUCGGCGCCAGAGAUUCAAUCGUUUUGCUACGGUCACAGUGCAUACGUGUCUUGCGUUCGACCGAUUGUUCAGCCCGCGCGAAAGAAGAAGACUUGGAAGUCGACGAAGGAUGUCUUUCUCACCGGCGGCGGCGACGCCUCGGUGCGCAUGUGGGACGCGACGACGGGGAAAGAGACGGACCCACACGGCGCGAUCGAGUUCCAUCGGGGUGAAAUCUGCGAUAUCGCCACUCGCGCGGAGGGAACACACGUCGCGGUGGCGAUUGAAAACAAAAAGGCGCUCGCCGUCGUGCAUCUCACCGAGUUUCGAGGCGUGCCGAAACUUUUCCUCGUCGGAUUCGGACCGGAGUGGACUGAAUCACCGCAAUCGAUUAAAUUUGAUAGAAACAUGGUUUUGUGGGGUACGGGCGUGCGCGCGAAUGAGGAUGGCUCUAAUACCGCCGUAAUCAUGCGCGAAGGUACCGUCGUCGACGGAUUGGAGUUGACGCUGAGCGCGGAGGAGAGCUCGGGGACGACGCGUAACGCGCAGCUACGCAAGAGAGAGAUCACAGAUCAGGAGCGACAUGAACGCAAGAAGAAUCGGAAAGACAUGCAGUUAAAGGCGGCGAACGUAGAAAAGAAGUGA